CCAGUAACUCUUUGAAAUGUUUUGGAAGAGAACUUGUAGCACAAGAGGUCCUUUCCCUGACCUAUCAGAUGGUGUAGCUCAUUCAACUGCAUUUUAAGUUCUCAAUGGAAGCCUUUUGAACCCUUCCAGCUAAAGCACAUGGGCAACUACCUAAAUGGUCAGAGAGAGUAUGUGUAUGUGUAUACGAGGAGGGGACUGUAUUUCCAUAGACACCAUUACUUUUAUUUUGGCUGUUUUGUCUCCCUGGAAACAAGGGGCAGUCUUGAAUAUAUUACUUGUCCCCCAUGAAUACGAUGAAGGAGGGUUCAGCACACGCUGAACAUAACAGGCUCGGCGGGAGAAUAUCAAACAGCUAGUAAGCACGACUGGCAUGAAGUUUAGUCUCAGCUUGCACACCUACAGGAGUGACUGUCACUGAAUGGUUUCCUGUGAGGGACACAGCAGAAAGCUAAAAAGCAUUCCAGCACUGCGCAAAGUGGAAAUCCGCUGACAAGAAAAGAAAAGUGGAGCUUUACAGUAUGUGAUGGCAGACAGAGGUCUGGCAUCAGUGAAUGGAUGUUCCUCUGAUCUGCAGGAUUACAAAUGGAAAAGUAGAUGCAGAAAAGAUCGGAGAAGAAGGAAAUUAUUUUUUUCAAGAAGUUCCGUCUGAAAGCAAUCUGAAGCUGUAAGUGACUUGUGCAUUUCUGGCAAGUUCAGGUAGAGGAAAGAAGCUUGACUCCAUUUCUUCCCUAUCAGAGGACACUUUGCUUCCGAGAUGAACAGAUCACUGGCCCUCCUAAACUCUUCAGGGAGCAGUGAGAGCAACACUUGGCAGCUGAUCUCUGUGAUCAUUCCCUUGGUGUACUCUCUGAUCUUCCUAGUGGGCACAGUGGGCAACUCUCUGGUCCUGGCAGUGCUGCUGAGGAAUGGGCAAGUGAACAAUACCACCAACCUCUUCAUCCUCAAUCUAGGUGUGGCUGACCUGUGUUUCAUUGUGUUCUGUGUGCCUUUCCAGGCCACCAUCUAUAGCCUGGAUGAUUGGAUCUUUGGCCCCUUCAUGUGCAAAGCAGUGCACUUCUUCAUCUACCUGACCAUGUAUGCCAGCAGCUUCACUCUCACGACUGUAUCCUUAGAUAGGUAUUUGGCUAUAAGGUAUCCUUUGCAUUCAAGAGAACUAAGAACACCCAGAAAUGCUCUCGCAGCAAUUUGCCUCAUCUGGAGUCUUUCAUUCAUCUUCUCUGGACCGUAUGUGAGCUACUACCAGGAGUUUCAGAUUGCCAAUGUUACUGUCUGUCAUCCCAUCUGGAAAAUCUCACAGCGCAAAAUUAUGGACCUCUGCACAUUUGUCUUCAGCUAUGUCAUCCCAGUGUUGAUCCUCAGCCUCACCUACCUGAGGACUAUCCGCUAUCUAUGGACAUCUGUGGAUCCCAUGAAAGUCAUGUCUGAUUCCAAGAAGGGUAAACGCAAAGUCACUCGGAUGAUCAUCAUUGUGGCUGUUCUCUUCUGCCUUUGUUGGCUGCCCCAUCACUUGGUCAUCCUCUGUUUUUGGUUUGGCUAUUUCCCCCUCAACAAUGUUACCUAUGUGCUCAGGGUCCUGUCUCACCUAAUCUCAUAUGCCAAUUCCUGCGUCAAUCCUAUCGUCUAUGCCCUGGUAUCCAAGCAUUUCCGCAAGGGUUUCAAGAAGAUCUUCAGUUGCCUCCUGCAUAAAAGAGUGACCAACAAAGUUCAUGUAGCACAGAUGACCCACACAGUUAGUACUUUGGAGGGAGAUUUAACAGAGGUAAUGCAUGUCAAUGAGCCUGUACAUACAGGAACUUCCACUUGCUGCCAGAUCCCAGUUCAGACAUGGGAUGAGGCAGAACAGCUGAGCCAUCAAGAGAAAGUUACUAACUCUCAUCACUUUCAAGGUCAUUUAGGAUAGUUCUUGCAGUAGUGGGUUCCAAUCAAAGGAUUGCUAUAAUUGUUUAAAUUUAAGGAUUUUUUUUUUUUUUACAAAACAUGGGAUUUAAAAACCUAAGAACUGACAGAUGGUUCAAACCAAGGUUCCAUAUACUUAUUAGUUAUUGUUCCAAAAAGAAGUCUGUGCCAGAAUUAAUGAACCGUAAAAGGAUCUAUAUUAGCAAUGGUCAUAGCACACUGAGGACAAGGUGACCUUAUCUCAGAUAAGAAUGAUGGAUAGGGAGUUAUUUGGGGGGACUGGCUAGUACAUUUUUGGCAGUGGGUUUAAUUCAAGAGAUUAGCCAGCCACCAAACUGUGAAUAUGGACUAGCAGUGUGUUACAAGCAUGCAAUCCUGAUAUUAGAGUUCUAUGCCUCUGAAGAGGAUUUGAUUAAAUGGCUCUCAGAUCUUUUUCAACCUUUGAUGCUGUGAGUUUCAGACAAGGAAGAUAACUCUGCCAGAGAAUGAGACUGGCUGGUUGGGUCAGGACUUUGAAACAGUGAGGUGAGCUCCCAUGGGCUGUUUGUAUUGUUUGUACUCAGGCUCAGAAUAAAGUAUUCCUAGGAACAUGCAACAUGGACUCACUAAGAUUUAUGUACACAUAAAUGAACUGUUAAUCAUGUUUAGGUUCCAAAAGAACAUUUAUGACGUAUGGUGAGGUACUUCCCACCCACUGCAAAAUACGAACAACAACAGCCACUUGGUGAAUGUGCUUUGCGAUUGGCUGAAUUGACUUUCCUGGGGUAUCACAUUAUUUUCUCAACAGGACCUAUUUCUGUGAUAACAGCUACAAGAAAUCAAUUUUGUUCUGAUGGCAGGGACUGAAAGAGUAACACUGGGGAGAAUGUGCUUUUUAAAAACUCUGUAUGCUAAAAUGAUACUUAUUUGUAUUACUUAUUUCCUGAAAUUCAAAUGACACAGGCAACCCACAAAGCCAUUUUGAUCACCUAAUGAUAGUAAAAACAAAACAAAGGUGGGAUAACAUAACGAAACAUAAGCUUUUAUAUACAUGCUCUGUGGCAUUGGUUUAACAUGUCCCUUUUUUGUAACAGAAGUUUUGAUAAGGACGGGUCCUUCUGCAGUAUAACAUCUGGAUGAUUUUUUUUAGGAAGAGAUCAUUAUGGAGUAUCUGGUAGACAUGUCUUGCUUUCACCGCAAUGCCAUUUGCGCCAAUUUUAACACAAGGUAAUUUCCAAUAUACUUUGGGUGGUGUUCAGUGAACUGAAAUCCACAUUUACUCUUGAGGCUUGUUAAUAUAUGCCCUUGUCACUUUGGAGACUCUGGAGCAAAUCAUAAUCAUCUGUUCUGGCAUUGUGUUGCACAGUAGCAGGUACUGUUUGUUGAUUUUUUGUCAAUUAAAAACACGG